AUGUUCGUUAACAGUGAAGAUCUAACCACAAGUUUGAAAACAAUAGAACAAGGGAUUGUAACAGAAUCUCUGUACGAUUAUAAUUUGGGAACUGUACAUGAAUAUCUGAGUAAAGGUCGUUGUUUGAACUCUGCUGUUGGUCCGAAUAGUCCAGGAAUAAGUAUUUACGGAACAUUUACUCCAUAUGAUUUUCUCAAUUAUAAAAAUACAAAUAAAUACUCAUACCUUGGUAAAGUUUUCAUCAGAUCAAAGUACGAAGCUCAUGUUUGGGAGAGGGUUGAUUACGAUUACACAUUCGAAGGAAAAAAAUAUGAUAAAUUUGUAACCAGCCAUUAUUUUGUGAAAUCAACUGAUGCCAAAUUAUUCAAAGGGUUUAUUCUCGUUAGAACUACAACUAACAAUCAUAAAAAAAUGAACAACAAUACUUUUAAAUUACUUGAAACAAGAACAAAAGAUUAUUAUGGAUUAGAGGAAGCAGAAUCAGGCCGUGAUUAUGAAGCUGAACUGUCCUUAAGAUUCAGUGACUGUUAUCCUGAUUCAGGUGAUAGAAAAACUUUGGCCAUUUAUUUCAAAUGUGAAAAGGACGAUGGUUAUGACUUAGACUGUAUAAAGUUUGCAGAAAAUCGUUAUAACAGAUUUAUCGAAAAAGUCAAGGAUACUUUGGCGCAACAGGGUAUUUCUCCCGGAAGAAUAGCUAAUAUCGAACUCGUUUUCGACGAUCGAAACAUCAUUGCCUUGGUGACCUUUUUAAAAAUUCCAAAUAUUGAAGAUAGUUUACAAAAAGAAAGUAUGAAAUUGUCUCAAAAGACGAUUUCAAGCUUAGAACGAGUUUCUGCAGAAUCAGUUAGCGAUUGUCUUUACAAACAGGUUGGAAUCUAUUAUGAUCAAGAGGCGAUUGUAUUCUGCAAUUUUCAAGUCAAAGCUUCAAUCAUUUGUGGUCGGCUUCAAUCUAAAGAGGCGAUUGUCAAUGAUGACGGUGGUAUAAAUUGCGAUGUAUAUUAUCCAAUCAAUAGUUAUACUCGAUUUAAGAAGGAAGUUCAUCUUGAUAAACUGGAAAGUUAUAUUCAGAAUAACGCAAUACACCUCUAUUUGAAAGAUGAUGGUGUUACUUUUUACGAAUCUACAAAAGUCAUUGAUGUAACUAAUGAGUUAAAUCAAAACAGAGACUCCUUCGUAUUGGUUGCCACUAAUAAGAAAUUACUUGAUUCCAAUGGUGAUGUUUUAUUAGCGAAAGAUGUUUCCAAUCUUGCUGAUUGUUAUCGUACUUGUUUUCAUGAUGAUGUCAAUCUUUGUGAGACUUUCGUCUAUUGUCAAUAUUCAGAUAAAUCGUCUUGUUACACAUCAAAUAUAAUCUAUGCUAAUUCAUCUUCACAAUCGACAGAAGAUGAAUCUUGUAAAAUCUAUUCAAAGAAUCGACUAUUGGAUUAUAUCAAAAUAUCUUCGAGAGAAUUUAAACAAUCGACUAACAUCGCUAUUGAUGUUCCACUCGAUAAUUGUGCUUCAAUGUGUAGUUCAUCUGAUGAGUGUUUCUCAUUCCAACAAUGUGGUGGCUCUUGUACUUUAAGUGGGUAUUAUACUGAUUCGAGAACACAGGAAAGUCGUUUUUGUAAUAUUUAUAUUCCCAAAGUCUCUCAACAUUUUAAAUCAACUGGACGAAAGAUCAUCUCUCAAGUUUUUCACACUGAGGUUAAUUUAAAUUUGGAUCAAUGUGCUGCUCUUUGCCAUAGCUGGAAAAAUACUGGUGAACCUUGUAAAUCGUUAAAUUAUUGUCCUCGUAACGACGAAAUAAGUUCAUGUAGUUUAUCUGCAUAUACAAUUAAUGAUAAAUCAGCUAAUUUGAUUGAUUCAGGAGUUUGUAAGAAUUAUGAAUAUAAAAAUCUCCAAGCAAACGAUGGAAAUGAUAAUGGAAGUGAUCAAGUUACCGUGGGAGGAACAAGUGGAGGAGCGGCAUUCGGUAUAAUCAUGUUGUUCAUUACCGUUGGACUUUUGCUUGGAUUUAUUAUUCCAAUGCUCAUCAAUGGAAAACUAAAGGAAACUAUCACUGGAAAGUUUGUUUCAACAUCUUCAUCUCAACGAGAAAUCAAUUCAUUUGAAUGGAUGAGACAAAUUAAUCAAAUCGACAAUAUUUAGUCAUAUCAAUUUUUAUUUAUGAAACUAAUUGUAAAUACGAUUUACAAUCAGGUUUGAGAUGAAGGUUUGAAGACAAAAGUCUGUCAUAGUGAAACGAACGGAGCUUUCAAUAGUAGAUAUACAAUUUUUUAGUUGCAGAAAGAGGUCAUAAAUCGUGCAAGGUGAGAAAAAUUGAGAAAAGGCUCCAAAGAAAAAUUAAAAUCCUUUUUAAUUGUUUGUCAAACACUGGAUUGGGUAAAUUUUUUUUUCACUUUGCCUUACAACGAAAGAAACGAAAACUUCAAUUAGUUG